GAAGGCGCCCUCCCUGCCAGGGAUGAGAGCUCUGUGCGCUGGAGGAAUAGUGAGUCUCACUGGCACUAAGCCGAGCCCUGGCAAUGCUGUGUGGGACUUUACAUUGCACCUUGCGCUCAGCUGCCUCCGGCUGCCCCGGGAGAUUGCCCUGAAGCCCAUUUCUACUCUUCAUUCCUGCGUGUGGUAUCUGGCGUGUGGUAUCUGGCUGAAACAUGAGGGACAGAGGCGCGGGCAUGUGCAGCCAAACCGGGACACAGCCUCCCAGGUUUGGGAAGAGAAAGAGAAGGGAGAGGAUGCUGCAACAGGGCACCUUCAUCUGCUCCCUCCUGUUUGCUGUGUGGUGUGUCUCCCGACUUCUCCAAGGCACAGCAGGGGGCAUGUUUUUGGGACAAGAAAAGCUUGUGUCUGAUUGGAGGAAUAGAAGGCUUUUGGUAUCUGAUAAUGGAACCCAAGCAAAAAACUGCACUGAGCCAGCAAUUAAUGAGUUUCCGGAUGAUUUAUUUAGCAUUAAGGAACGGCAGAGAGGAGCAGUCCUUUUUCAUAUAUUUUGUGCUCUCUACAUGUUCUAUGCUCUGGCUAUUGUCUGCGAUGACUUCUUUGUGCCAUCAUUAGAGAAAAUCUGUGAGAAGCUGCAUUUAAGUGAAGAUGUAGCAGGUGCCACUUUUAUGGCUGCUGGCAGUUCUACCCCCGAGCUUUUUGCCUCCGUUAUUGGUGUAUUUAUCACCCACGGUGAUGUUGGGGUUGGAACCAUUGUAGGUUCGGCAGUAUUUAAUAUCCUCUGUAUAAUUGGUGUGUGUGGAGUUUUUGCAGGACAGGUUGUUCGCCUGACCUGGUGGUCCCUCUUUAGAGAUUCCAUGUAUUACAUUAUAUCAAUAUUGGCACUUAUAAUUUUUAUAUAUGAUGAAAUCAUAGUUUGGUGGGAAAGUCUUAUACUUAUAGUUAUGUAUUUCUUUUACAUACUUAUUAUGAAGUAUAAUACGAAGAUGCAGCGUCUGUUCACCAUUAAGAAGAAUGUAGGAAAUGGCUGCCCAGUUGGCAGUGAGCUGCAAGAUGGUAAUGUGUAUAGUGACUUUGUCUGUGACGACCCUUCUGUGCCCUUGUUGUGGAAAGUAAAGGCAAGCCAGCAGUAUUACAACAGGAACUCAGUGGUGAUGGUGGAUGAGAUCAUAUGUUCCAGUCCCCCCAAGUAUCGGUUCCCAGAAGCUGGCUUACGAAUAAUGAUUACCAACAAGUUUCCCCCAAGAACUCGUUUGAGAAUGGCCAGCAGGCUCAUAAUAAAUGAGAGGCAGCGGCUUCUCCAUUCUGCCAAUGGAACGAGCACCACAACACUGGACGGAAAGCAAGAACUACUGGAGAAUGGAGGCCUACACGUGGACAAAGCUGACGACUAUCAAGAAGAAAAUGAAGCUAAUUAUUUGGUCCCUUUUUCAGUGCCCAGUGGUUGUGCCAACAUAUUUAAGUGGGCUUUUUCAUGGCCCUUAAUAUGUAUACUCUAUUUCACCAUCCCAAACUGUAGCAAGCCACGCUGGGAAAAUUUCUUCAUGCUGACGUUUAUAACAUCCACGCUGUGGAUUGCCAUCUUCUCAUACAUUAUGGUUUGGAUGGUUACUGUGAUUGGAUACACGCUCGGAAUACCUGAUGUGAUCAUGGGCAUUACGUUUCUGGCUGCAGGGACUAGUGUUCCAGACUGCAUGGCAAGUCUAAUAGUGGCCAGACAAGGACUUGGGGACAUGGCUGUAUCAAACAGCAUCGGAAGUAAUGUAUUUGACAUCCUUGUAGGGCUUGGAGUACCAUGGGGGUUGCAAACAAUGAUUAUUAACUAUGGAUCUACAGUGAAGAUUAACAGCAAAGGUUUGGUGUACUCAGUCAUUUUGUUACUGGGAUCUGUGGCCCUCACUGUGGGCGGUAUCUAUGUAAAUAAGUGGAAACUUGACAAGAAAUUUGGCUUCUAUGUGCUCUUCCUUUACGCCAUCUUCCUGUGUUUCUCCGUUUUGAUAGAGUACAAUGUUUUCACUUUUGUCAACUUGCCAACGUGCCGUGAUGACUUUUGAUGCCAGCAAACGUACAGGCCAAAGCUACAAGAGAUUCACUUUUUUUUGACACAAGAUAUAAAACAUCGGGGGGGAUUUCUGUCGCCUUUCUGCAAAUUUGAUGGGAAGCCUGAGAUCUCUUCCUGCUACACCUGGAUUGGUCUGUUCCACAAGAAUGUAAAGGAAAAGUAACCCCUUUAGUGCAACAGGGCCAUCACACAUUUAAAUGGCCCUUAAAGUACUGUCAGGGUUAAAGUCUUCCGAAGAAGCGGAAUCCAAACAUGCUGCUCUUUUUUUUUACAAGAAUCAAGUCUUUUAUUGAUGGGUGCAUUUUCUUACUGCUUGUUAUGAAGACAUUAAAAUAAUGCACCCUCUUCUUUGGGUGUAUAGCAAUGGAAUGUUAACUUUUUUGAGGGUAUUUAAGAAUACUGCAUAUGCUGCACAUGAGAACAAACAAAGGAAGUACUCUUCAUGUUUACCUACUGGGAGUAAUAUACCUUUGGAUAUUUUUAAAACAAUUGGCUGUGUGUAGUUUGCACGCAAAGGGACAAUGAUGGAGGCUUCACAUCUGCCCCAAAACCUUUCCCUGCAUUGCAUUUUUGUACUAUCUUAAACUAGUAAUGCAAAGUCGAUGUCCAUUCAGGAUUCAGCCAGAGUUGGAUUUCUGUUUUUAAAUCAAGUGAUCCUGGAGAUAAAAAAUAUACACAUAAUAUUGUCCUUACUGACCUCUUAAUUAACAUUUAUUAACCUCAGAGGAACUAAUGAUUCCAUUUAUUCAUGUUUAAAACACAAAGCACAUUUUUAAUAACAAAUUCAACCCACUGGGUGGUAUCCUAAUGGAUUUAAUAUUAUAGAUUUAUUUGUAAUUGUGUUUGCAAGAUAUUUAUUUGAUAAAGAGUAAAUCUAAAGAUAUUUAAUAUUUAUAUGCACAACAUGGACAGAAACACAUCUAAGCACUGAAAUGAGAAAAGACUGCAUGUUAUUUUGUUUGUUUAUAACUUUUGGUACUAAUUGCUAAUUCCUCACGCCAAACACCGUCAUACUCUACAAAGCAACUUAAAGUAGAAUGAAACUUUUGUAUAAGUUGAAUUAUAGGCAUAGUAAAGAUUAUUGAUAGGCUGUUCAUGCUACAUUAAGCGUUGAAAUCAGUAAAAGGCAGAUCCUUUCCAAUAGCUGCACCAUUUACAAAACCCUGAGCACACCAGGUACCCAGGUAUAGGAAGCCUCAUCUAAAAUAGGCAACAUCUCCCCAACCACUGAUGUCAGAUAUAUUCAGGUCUGAAACUUUCACAUAUACAUUAAUUUUUGUGCACUAAUAACUGAACCAUACCCCAUUGCUUUAUUGUACAAAGCUCUGAAGGCACAGCCUGGGUGGAAUCUUAUUACUGGUGUGAGGUUAAUUUCUGACAUAUACUAUGAAUAUGGGAGCAAUCACAGAUAAGCUGCAAAUGAUAUGAGAAUAUAAAAAUGGAACUUAUAAAAAACAUUCAAAAUAAAAUAAAGGCAAGUUGCAGACAAUGAGUACAAGAGGAACACCAGACACCCAAGCAUGAUAUUAUAUUAAUGCAUGUGCUGCCUGCAAUUUGAUAUAGUCUGCUCAUAUUUCAAAGAGCCGCCUGUAACAAUGACACUUUGUAAUACUGUUUGUAUCUACUUCAUCACUGGCUGCCUUCCCAUGAUUCAAGUCUUUUUAUAGAAGAAAAAUGUACAGUUUAUUUAUACUAGGGUUUUUCUUUUCAUGUGAUCCUAAAGGGCCACUCACACAACAAAAGGAAAAAGAGCUUGUAUUUUUUUACUCUUGUACUUAUUAACAAGGUCCACUAUAUAAACUGGGGGCAGACAGGGCCACUUUAAUAAAUGGGCAAAAGGCCAUUAGGACUGGGGGCUACCGUGAGACCUUUGUCUGCUUUAGCUUUACAUGGCAGACCUCUCAUUUUAAUCAGCUGUCUAUGCCUAAACAUAAGCAUAUAUUUUUAUUGAGGGGUCUUUCUAAUAACAAGUUGAAGAGGUUUUUUCUGUGAUGCCCCAUGUAAAGGUGGGCUGUAAGAUUCUGCUCAUUUGUUUUCCAUCAAGGAGCACAGAAGAAAGAGAUCCAUGGGUUGUUUUUUUAUUGCUUCCCUUCAAGUUCACCUUCUUUUGCAUACCUCCCAACUGUCCCGAUUUUCGCAGGACAGUCUCUCUUUUACCAGCUCAGCCCGUAGUGCCCGAUUCUUACUGAAAAGGCCCUCGUUUCCCUUUGUUCUCCUGCACUGAACACUUAAAAAGAUACAAACUUAAUUAAAAAGUAACUUUUGGCAGAAAGCCCAGAAAUCUUAACAAGCUGUACCUGCACUGAGAUACAAUUGUAACUAAUAAGCUAAACAUGUCUCUUGGGGGACUUGCAGCUUAAAUGGUAAUUUCACCUGCAUUAGCAAAACUGUAAUAACCCUAAAACCCCCAGAAAUGUGUUCAAACUUUAAAUAGCCUGCCAAAUUUAGUAAAAUGGAGUGAUAUUUAGGGGGCGUUGUCAAAAAAAUUUCACCAUGAUAUGUGCGCCAUUCCUUUUUGUCCCUUUUUCCGUUUUUUAAAUGUUGGGAGGUAUGCUUUAGUGUAGUGCCACCAAAAAUGUCUUGGGACAGCUGCAGGGACCCACCAAUGAGAUCUUUGCCCUGGGCCUUCUGGUUCCAUAAAAUGACCAUGGGUGCAGGAGAGGCAGAUGGAGCCUCUAACUGCCUGAAAAUCAUGCAUACUGUACUUAGUCUGUACUUUUAAAUUUGCAAUAGUUAAAUAUUUUAAUUCAAAAUACCUAUACUUUUAUUUUGUAGUUUUUUUCUGUCCCCAGGUGUCAGGUGAGUGGCUUUGUUUGGGCAGGAGACAAAAGAUGCCUGCAUGCGUAACUGUUAACAAAAACAUUGCAGUAAAUACCUGCACUUUAUUUUUUAUAGCAUUUUCCUUGUACAGUGUCAUUGGUCAGAGGGUUCUAAACCAUCGGGUACUAAGUAACGUGCUAUGCAUGCAGGAAUAUACCAGAAUAUUGCUUUAUGUACAUAUAAUUUGGGUGACUUUUGUUCUUCAUAGCACACAAUUUCUAAAUAGCAGUUUAAACCAGAAUAUAGAAAACAUAUAUCUUUAAAAAAAAAUCAUCACAUUAUCUGAAAGAGAUAUUUGCAGCAUUUACUAUUACUGUAUAUGUCUUCACAACUAGGAUAAACUCAGCAUUAAGGGACAAAUACAAUUUUCUUGAGCCAAGGGUAAUGUAAUAAUAAGUACAAUAGUUGCAACAGGUCUGGUGUCCAAUCAGCAGUUAGCUUAAAAUCUGCUGCUUGAAAGCAAAUAUCUGAUUGGCUGCUGUGGUUAAGAGACCUGGUACAAACUUUGCAUGCUAUUAUAUUACCCCACAAACCCAGUACAUAUUGUGCUGGGUACACAACAGAAAACCAGACUGAGCUGACUUGAUGGCAGCAAUUGCUUUCUGUCAAAUCAGUUUUGGGAGUUUAUGCAAUUUAUUUUCAAGUUAAAGAGAAUCUAGUGUUUUACCUAUAGUUUCCCUAUAAGUGCAGCCAGCUUUGCCAACAGACCUUGGAAGCUAAGCUGGGGCAUGUGGGUUUAAAGCAAUAUCAAGCCUUCAAGUAACCAAGUGGGACAUGAGUGACAUGACAGCAGGUUAUCAAAUGUACAAUACAAGGAUAUGUAUUCAUUCCUGACUUGAAUGUGGCUCUGUUUCCAGCUCCUGCAUCUCUGAUGUAUGACUAAACAUAAAAUCUCUACUGCCUGUG